AUGGCACCGAAAAAGAAGACACCAACCAUGAAAUGGGUUGUGAAAUCGCAGCAAUCAGCAAAAAUGGCGGAACCUGCGACAACGGAUAAGAAGCUUACAUCAUCAAUGAUGCCAGACUCGUCUCUUCUCACGGAUUGUGUUUCGAAACUGCAUCUGUCUUCGUCGUCUCCAUCAGCAAAAAUGGCAACGAAAGAGCACACAUCGUCUGUCCCUGAUUGGUCUCUUCUCCCUCAAGAGCUACUGCACAUUAUCUCUCUAAAGGUAGAGGACGGUUUCGAUGCGAUUCAUGCUCGCUCUGUUUGCCGCCCGUGGAGAUCCAUAUUCCCCUUUCCUUCGUAUCUAUCCUCCACAAGGUAUUCUCUUCCGUCAUUUGCAAAGUCCCCUCGCAAAAGAAGAGGCUUAAGCUUAUGCACCCUCGAGAAGUUCCCUACGUUUCUCUUCAGAGUCCGGUCUCCUCCUUCUGCUGCUGAUGCGUUGCCUUCUGAGUUUUAUGUUGGAGGGAUUAACCAAGACAAGUCAGAGGAUCGUGUCGAGCGUCCAUCUCCUAUUCAGUGCUCAGUGAAAGUGAAGAUCGGAGAACCUGAUCCAACCUUGAUGAACAUGGUCGACUCUCAGACUCUCCCUCUCGGCUAUCAAUACAGAAUGAUUGGUUAUGAUCCAAACUCACUGGCAACAAGUUUCAGAGGCGUGGCUUUUCUUCCGGUAAACAAGGAGGGAAGAGAAGGAGAGUUCGUAGUGCUUAUCGGCUACUCUAAUGCUUUGUGGGCAUUAAGAAGUAGUGAAAUGAGGUGGAUGCGCCUUGAGAAUGCCUCUGGAGCUGACUGUGACCAUUUAGUCACUUUCAGAGGCAAGUUUUAUGUAGUCUAUCUUAACAGCGACGUUUCUGUUAUCGAUCCUUAUUCGCUGAAAGAGACUCCACUGAUGCCCGCGGAGCGUCUGACCUCACACAACUAUCUGGUUCCAGCUGGAAACGAUGAACUUUUCUUGAUUGAGAGAAUCUAUACUCGUUCUAAUAAUGCACUGUAUUUGAGCAAGUUACCAUGUAGAGUGAGUAGGCUAGAUGAGGAGGCUGGUGAAUGGGUUGUGGUCAGCGAGUUGGGAGACCGUGUGUUGUUUAUUGGACAGCCGGGGAAUAGCUCCUGCUCGGCUAAGGAGCUUCCUGAUGGUUGUGGUGUGAGUGGGGACUCGAUUUUGUUCAUCAGCGAGCUCUUUGGUGAAACAUUCUCUUAUAAAUAUGGAGUAGAUACAGGAAACGCAGAAGACGAUCUCAGUUUUUGGAGAUCCUGUAGAGAGACUUGUGUGACGAUCGUCAGCAAUUCUCCGAUGGCUGCUCAUCUCCGAGUUGAGCACUGCUCAAGGUCAUCUCCUGGUUUUGGCUCUGCUCAUAUCCGGGCUGUGUACUAA